GAUUUUGGAACGCUAUGUCCAAGAUCAGAUUCCCGGUGCAACGGUCGUGGUGGAAUCCAUUGGUGCUCGGAGAUUCGGGGAUGGGUACUCUGAAGAGGAUUACACCAAGUCUGACCUCAUGGUCUACGCAAUUGACCCGCAAACAAAUAGAGCUAUAAUGAGGAAUGAACUUUUUAAGUUCCUGGAUGGCAAACUGCUGGACAUCAAUAAAGAGUUUCAGCCGUACCUGGGGCAGGGGGGACGCAUCCUGGAGAUCCGCACCCCAGAUGUGGUGGCCAACGUCAAGAAGCAGGCACAAGCCGUAGGCUACACGGAAGGCGCAUUACUUGCUCUGGCCGUCAUAAUCAUCCUUUGCUGCAUGCCAGCUAUUUUAAUAGUUAUGGUCAGCUACAGACAGCGACAGGCCGAAUGCGCAAAGACUGCGAGAAUCCAGAUGGCUUUGCCAGCAGGCAAACCAGCGAGCACCGCUGCCAAUAACCUCUAUGAAGAGCUUGGCGACAGCACCAUGCGAGGAUAUGCACAGCAAGAGCAACAGCAGUUGCUGAGACCUUCCCUUCUCAGACCAGAGGAGUUAAGUAUGGAGUCUGGAAUUGAUCCAGGGCAGGAAUACUAUGGGCAGGAUUACUACAGUUAUGAGCACGGGUAUGAGCUGCCUCAGUAUGGGAGCCGCCGCCGAUUGCUGUCUCCUUCAGGGAUGUACGAUGAGUACGGAGAAGUCGUGGUGGAGAACGACGGUGGCUACUACUAUAGUCCGCAUGGAUCGACGGCAGAAGAGGGGAUGAGUCCAGGUCCUUCAAGCAGAGGUAUAAGCCAGAGAGCAGGGGCUCAAAUAGAAGGUAGACCUUUAGGUGGUGGGAUGGAUCUAAGACGUGGUUCUGGAAGAGCAUAUAGGACCAGCCAGGGAAAAGCAGUGAUGCAUUUAAGCCGCGUAGCAGCCAGUGCUCACAAACCAGUAGGAGGAACUGAGUCUGCUCGCUCCCCAUGGAAGAAGGCAAAGAUAUUCCCCAUGAUUCUGCAGAAAGUGAAAAGCGGUAGGAAGGAUUCCAGUUAUGCCAAGUUGAUGUCAGCUCACCAAGUGGGUGGUGAGAAAAGCAUGAUUAUCAGGGGGAGUUACUUCCAGAAAUCGACAGAUGACAGGCCUUCGAUGAGAAAACUAAAUCACGUGUUAAAACGCAUUAGUGUCUCCAGAAAAUUUCAAGAGCCUAUUAGAUCAGAUUCAGCGAGAGGAAAAGGAGAGGAAGAAUAUAAAGGAGAUGAAGCAAAACCAGGAGUUUCAAUAAAUAUCACAGCAGAGAGUGAACAUGAGGAUAGUGAUUAUGAGAAGAAGAAAAAGAGAAGAAGAUACACUUCAGAUGAAUCAUCCGAGCAGAGCAGUAGCUCUGGCUCGGAGUCAGAAGAUAAAGACUACUUGAAAGUAACUCUGGACCAAGAUGAAGCCACUGAAAGUACUGUGGACUCGGAUGAAGACACUGGGCACGAUUUUGGUGAUUCUGACGACGACUCUGGAUCCAGCUCAAGCAGUGAAUCCGAGGGGGACUCAUCCGAAGAGGACGAUGAUGAGGAAGACUCUGACAGUGAUGAAGAUGGUAGCCUGUCAAAGAGCUCAUCUACGCAGAGUUCGUUCAGCAGAUCAGGGACUAGUGAGUCCAGCAGUAGAAGAAGCACUGAAAGGUCCAGUAUAAAAAGUACAGGAGGUAGCUCUCGUGGCAAAGUAAGGCGAUCCAGCCAAAAAUCAAACACUGGCUCUAAUGCAUCAGGCAGUGACAGGGACACGAGCUACAGGAAAACUUCAGGAUCCAGCUAUAAGAGCAAAACCUCCUCCGCCAGCAUUGAAAUAGAAGACACGAUAGAAGAGGUGUCUGAAGAAGAUGAACAAGAAGAUGCGGAGCAAGUCGGCGCAAGUGCUGACGAGAGGGCAGAUAACUCGGAUGAGGCAGUUUCUGAAACACCUGCCAAUGCAAAAACCGCCGCUACUGAAGAAGGGAAGAGAGAAAAAUCGGCUAUUAAUGCUGAGGAUAGCGUGGACGAAAGCACAGAAGAGGUUGAUACAGAUGGGAGUGACAGGGAGGAAGCUGUCAGUAAGAACGAAUCUUCUUGCCUAGAAAGUGAGAUCAGCGUUACUUCCAAAGGUACUGAAGGGACACAAAGCACAGCUAGUGCCACUUCUGGUAAAACUGCUACUUCCCCUGAUACUGAGAAUCAAAGUUCGGACACCCACUGGGCCAGAAAGAAAAGGAUCAAGUUGAUAGUCGACCCGGAGUACGAGACCAGCUCCACUGGAGAAGACAGCGCUCCUGAUUCCAGCCAGAGGAAUCGUCUUAACAACCCGAAUAUUCAGAACAACAUCAAUGGUAACAUCUACAUCGCGCAGAACGGCUCUGUGGUCAGAACCCGUCGCGUUGGCCUUGGUAAUAAUUUGAAAGUCACGUCUCCAGUGCGGCUGGGGAAACAGUUCAAGAAGCUGGACAAGCUUGCAGUGACACACGAGGAGAAUGUCCCACUGAACACGUUGUCAAAGGGACCCUCGUCCAGUGAUAAAAUGAACACAAGACCUUGCAGUGUCUCAUUUGCUUCCUCUACGAUAGGGGCCGAAAGUAUAGUAACGAGGCCAGGGGGCUCCAAAAUGAAAAGCACAGAAGAGCAGGAAUCGGUUGUUGCUAACGAGGAUGUCAAAGAGCCCUUGGAGUCGCACAGUGAACACACACAGUCAGAUGAAGAGGAGCUCUGGAUGGGCCCUUGGAACAACCUUCACAUACCAAUGACAAAACUGUGAUCUUCUUCUUUUUUUUUAUUUUAAUUUUUACUUCAGUUUAUAAUAAACUGCGCUUUUUAUUGUCACUGAGGAAAAUGUAUGGAAUUUGUAUUGUGCACAUACAUUGUAUACUACAAACGACACGCUUUAAAGUUUAAAAACAAAGUUUGCACUCACAUUUGUACCAAUUAAUUGUCCUCCCCAACAACUAUUUUGACAGGCUCCCAUUUCACUAAACAAUACUUCAUUUAAAUUAAUUCAGUUUUUUGGAUCUUGAUUUAAUGUUUAAUAAACAGUAAACUACUAAUAAAUGCACAGCAACAUUUGGUUAACUUUUCAGACAGUUCUAUACAUACCUAGCUUGGUUUUCUGUAUGGUACUUGUGGCUAUACUGUUUAGAUUUGGAAAUUGUCUGUUUAUGUUCAAGAUUUAUAUCCAGAGCUCUUGAUUCUGAACUCAGAGUAAUAAAUUAAAAAUAAAUCCAUG